GUGUUCUUUUGGGAUUUCCCCUUGGAGUCAGCUAAGCUUAGAAACAGUAUGUAUUAUUUAACCAUUUCUUCUUCCCUAUAGACAAGACGACUCAAAUUAGAACUCAUGGAACUGAGUUCAAAUGCAGUACUGAGAAUUCAUUGUUUCUAAGAGUUGAAUCAUUCUGAUAAACCAGAAUGACGUAUGCUAUAUAGAUCUGGAUUCUGGCAAUCUGAUACCAGUCUUUUUCUAUGAAUCAACAUAGUCCAUGGUGGAAAAGUUAUGAUUGAUGAGUAACAAUAUCAAUUGUUUAUUAGCGUAAAUCUUGAAAUAACUGAGAUCUUAACUCACUCAAUUCUCUUCCUCUUACCUACGGAGGUAUGAGUCUUGAGCACAAAUCCAGCCAAAUAAAGGCACCAUGGGAAAUGGGAAUGUAACUUCAUGGACAGAAUUUCAUCUUAUUGGACUUAGUCACCUGAAAGCUCCCACUGUUUUCUUUGUUGUUGUUCUGUUGAUGAGUCUUAUUGCUCUGACAGGAAACUCCCUCCUCUUCUUUCUAAUCCAGAUGAACUCCUCACUUCAUACCCCUAUGUACUUCUUCCUGAGCCAGCUGUCCUGUGUGGAUAUGGGCCAAAUCCUCAUUGUGAUCCCUAAAAUGUCAGUCAUUUUUUUAACUCAAAGAACCACUAUUUCACUGGGAGGCUGCGUAGCACAGAUUUUUCUAACUCUGACCAUGGGAACCUCUGAAUGUUUCCUUUUGACUGUCAUGUCAUACGACAGGUACGUGGCCAUCUGCAGACCUUUGCAAUACCCAGUUCUCAUGAGGAGAACCAUCUGCCUAAUCAUGAGUCUAGGAAUCUGGUCCUCUUCAUCGCUUAUCAUUAUGGUCAUAGCAAUUUAUGUACAAUCUCUGUCUUACUGUAGAUCAAACGUAAUUGAUCAUUUUGUCUGUGAAUUCCCAGCUUUGUUGAAACUAACAUGUGCUGAUACAUCUGGAUUUGAAAAAGUAAUAUAUCUUGACAAUGUGUUGAUAAUUUUCUUGCCCAUUGCAGUGAUUAUCUUCUCAUAUAUAGCCAUUCUUGUGCAGAUUUUGAACAUGCACUCAACUGAGGGAAGGCAAAAAGCAUUGGGCACUUGCGCGUCCCAUUUAUGUGUAGUGAGCAUCUUCUAUGGGGCAUCCAUCCUGACAUACAGUACUCCUGUAGCUUCUUAUUCAGCCCGUAAGUCCAUGAUUUAUUCAGUCUGCAUCACAGUUGUCCCUCCAAUGCUGAACCCUUUUAUCUAUAGCUUACGGAACAGAGAUGUUAUAGCAGCUCUACGAAAACUCCUUGUAAGACAUCCAACCUAUUAAUAAAAGAGAU